UAAAUCUAGCUUUCAGUAGAGAUUUGUAUCACUUAUUUUUCUUCCCUUUAAAGCUUUGAAACAAGCAUCGCGUGAUCGUUAUUGUACAGUUUUACAAAGAAGGCUGAAGAGGAUUCCAAAACAUGUUUAAUGCAACGAUUAUGCUACUGGUUUUUCUAGACGCAUCGAUUUCCUUUAUUGCCAAAGCACAGCCCUUUAAUCAAGGCAAAUACUUGGUGAAUGGAAUAAUGGAUGUUCUACCUAAUGGUAACUUGAAACUUCGCCUGGAUGCAAGAAAGGAAAGCAGCGGAGCUGGUGAACAACCCCUAAACCCCACAACUGUGUUACCUACAAGUGGCUACACGACUGAACCUCCCACUGGGGGAGCUACCAGCACGGGAACAGCACCAACCCCCGGGUCGACCAUUGGAUUCAGUACGACGCCUGGGUCCAGUAUAUCCCCCGGAAUAAGAAAUCCAGGCGGCAAUCCAAGACGGGUUGCACUAAACUUGCACAACGACCACCGUCGAGUACACAAUGCUCCAAGAAUGAGGCUCACUUCCCAACUAAACGAUGAUGCUCAGAGGUAUGCAGACAAACUUGCCCGUGAAAGUUUGUUUGUUCAUGACCAACAAAAUAGAAGGCAAGGAGAAAAUCUGAGAUUGCAAUGCGCCCCUGGAAGUGAUGUAGAUCUGGUUAAGAAGGCUGUUGAUGCAUGGUAUAACGAGGUUUGUACGUACAAUUUCGACAAUCCUAGAGCAAGUUCUGGCGUCACCGGUCACUUUACUCAGGUCGUGUGGAAAAAGAGCACCAGGCUUGGCAUUGGGCUCGCCAGAGGAAGCUACGCAUUUGGUUCACACUUAUUUGACAACUGCCUGUUUGUAGUCGGUCGGUAUCUAAAACCAGGAAACGUAUUUGGUGCCUAUCAACAGAAUGUUUUGAGGGGCAGCUUUAACAGGCAGAUGUGUCGUUCUUCAAACACUUCCGGAAAGAGAAAUAAGCUGUUCCGAAAACUAAAUUCGGGAGAAAGUAAAAGAAAGAGCACCUUAGAGAUGGUUCUAUAACUAAGGGAAAACCAUAUUAUAUGAUGCACUUUAGGAAGGAUGGAAUAAAGUCAUCUGUGGCAAAUAGAUAAUGGCUAUGCUUACCUUGGUUUGAUUUUAUUAACUAGCAAUCAAAGAAGAGUUCAUAGAAACAGUUGGUCGGUUAAUAUUAUUGGAUUCACAACAUAGGGAAAUAUGGCCGCGCAUGAAAGAGAAUUUAUCUCAUGGCUCUUUCGAGGAAAUCGAGAUAAAACUGAAGAAUAAGCAAAAGUUUUGGAAUAUCUACAUAAGGUGACAUAAAAUUCAACCACAGUUUAUAAGUAAAACAAAAUAAUGUGGAAGGACACGGCCAUGAACACCUUUCAGUGUUCAAUACUUAAUCGCCUUGAACUUAAUUACUAAGAACUGUGAUAUCAACGGAAUCACUUUCACAAAUUUACUGUAAACCAACAUAGUGCAUUGGAUAAGAACGGAGAAUCCUGAUUAAAAUCGCUUGACCAAUCAAAGUGAAACCAAUGGAAGAUGGGACUUUGUACCCUGAUGAGUUGGGUAAGAAGAUAAGACUGACUACAAUGAUUUCCGCUUCAUUUAAGCCAGGGUGGAAAACGUAAGAUAAUCGUAAG